GGGUCGUGGAGCCGCCCGAUGCUGGCAGUGGGGCCCGCCAUGGACGGCGAGUUUCCUCAGCACGAACCCCCGCCAGCGGGCGGCAUCCUGUACAGCCCGCCGCCGCUGCAGACCCCGCUGUGCGGGUCCGGCGUCCAGGCUGUACACUGAGCCUGUCCCUGGUGGGCUACCAGCUGUGAGGGCUGCCCCCUACCCGGGCCACUCUGGGUGCAGCUCCCGCUGACGCUGAGCGUGUAUGUGGUCGGUGUGGUCAGGAUACUUGGUGCCACUCCCCUUCAUCUGUCCUGGCUGGGCUGAGCCACCGUCAGGAGAAGGAGACCUACCCCAGGACUGCCAGUGUCAUUGAGGUGGCCAGAUUUAGCAACUGAAACUGCAGACAUUUAAUGACACAACACCAUGCUGCACUACCCGUGGUGGAGCUCCUUCUCGCCCACGCCGUACCCAGCCUUCUCCAGCGAAAGCCACCAGUUCGUGAACUCCGCCUCCUUCAUCGUCAGCCAGCCCUGCGCGGACACCAGCUGCGGACCUUCCGCCGCCACCCCCAGCUUCCUGCCAAAGACAGGCGACUUUCCUCAGGACUCCGCGUACCUCGACGAGCUCUCCAACGCCUCCAUCUUUUCCUCGUCCGUGGACUCCCUCUCAGACAUCGCGGACACACCUGACUUCCUGCCGGCUGACAGCCUCAGCCAGGUGCCCACCAUCUGGGAUGUGAGCACUGGUCCCUCCGCCCAGGAUAAGCUGCUCCUGCCCCGCGGGCCGUGGACGGGCGUCGAGGACCCCGUGUCCUCUCUCUCCAGCACCCCGCUCCUCGUCAGCUACCAGUCUCAAAGUCAGCCUGAGGAGGAGGAGGAGGCAGAGGAGGAGGAGGGGGACGAGCUGGGCCACGCAGAGACCUACGCCGACUACGUGCCCUCCAAAUCCAAGAUCGGGAAGCAGCACCCUGACCGCGUGGUGGAGACUAGCACGCUGUCCAGUGUCCCACCGCCAGACAUCACCUACACCCUUGCCCUGCCCACCUCGGACAGCGGGGCCCUGUCUGCCCUGCAGCUGGAGGCCAUCACCUACGCCUGCCAGCAACACGAGGUCCUGCUCCCCAGCGGACAGCGGGCCGGCUUCCUCAUUGGCGACGGUGCGGGUGUCGGCAAGGGGCGCACGGUGGCUGGCAUCAUCCUGGAGAAUUUCCUGCGGGGCCGGAAGAAGUCACUGUGGUUCAGCGUCUCCAACGAUCUCAAGUAUGACGCGGAGCGUGACCUUCGGGACAUCGACGCCCCCGGCAUCGCGGUGCACGCGCUGAGCAAGAUCAAGUACGGCGACAACACUACCUCAGAGGGCGUCCUCUUUGCCACCUACUCAGCCCUGAUCGGGGAGAGCCAGGCCGGCGGGCAGCACCGCACGCGCAUCCGCCAGAUCUUGGAGUGGUGCGGGGAAGCCUUCGACGGAGUCAUCGUGUUUGACGAGUGUCACAAAGCCAAGAAUGCCAGCUCCACGAAGAUGGGCAAGGCUGUCCUGGAUCUGCAGAACAAGCUGCCCCUGGCCAGGGUGGUCUACGCCAGCGCCACAGGUGCCUCUGAGCCCCGGAACAUGAUCUACAUGAGCCGCCUGGGCAUCUGGGGGGACGGCACGCCCUUCCGAACCUUCGAGGAGUUUCUGCAUGCCAUCGAGAAGAGGGGCGUGGGCGCCAUGGAGAUCGUGGCCAUGGACAUGAAAGUCAGCGGCAUGUACAUCGCACGCCAGCUCAGCUUCUCCGGCGUCACCUUCCGCAUCGAGGAGAUCCCGCUGGCCCCAGCCUUCGAGCGCGUCUACAACCGCGCGGCCCUGCUGUGGGCCGAGGCCCUGGGCGUGUUCCAGCAGGCCGCCGACUGGAUCGGCCUGGAGUCCCGCAAGUCCCUGUGGGGCCAGUUCUGGUCGGCCCACCAGCGCUUCUUCAAGUACCUCUGUGUGGCCGCCAAAGUGCACCGGCUGGUGGAGCUGGCCCGGGAGGAGCUGGCCCGGGACAAGUGUGUGGUCAUCGGGCUGCAGUCCACGGGUGAGGCUCGGACCCGGGAGGUGCUGGACCAGAAGGACGGGCAGCUCGAUUGCUUUGUCUCCGCCGCUGAGGGUGUCUUUUUGUCACUAAUUCAGAAGCACUUUCCUUCAACCAAAAGAAAGCGAGAGAGAGGAGUUGGCAGUAAGAGAAAACGGCGGCCACGGGGCCGUGGGGCCAAGGCGCCCAGGCUGGUGUGCGAGGUGGCAGGCGUGAUCCGGAUCAGUGACGACAGCAGCACCGAGUCAGAUGCCGGCCUGGACAGUGACUUCCACUCCUCCCCUGAGUCCGUGCUGGAUGACGACGUAGUCAUUCUGGACGCCAUCGGGCUGCCGGCCGAUGACCGCGGUGAGGCCUGCAGCCCAGCAUUUGCCACCUUACAGACAGGGGAGUCGGGCUCAGAAUGUCAUCAGGGCCACGCGCCUGGCCUGAGGCAGAGGGGGUUCACACCAGCAGUCUGGGGGCCCCUGUGCCCCCUGCAGCGAGACCCACACGGCCCUGGUGUCCUGGAGCGUGUGGAGCGGCUAAGGCAGGACCUCCUGGCCAAAGUGCGGGCGCUGGGCCGGGAGCUGCCCGUCAACACUCUGGACGAGCUCAUCGACCAGCUUGGGGGCCCCGAGCACGUGGCUGAGAUGACUGGCAGGAAGGGCCGUGUGGUGUCCAGGCCCGACGGGACGGUGGCCUUUGAGUCUCGGGCAGAGCAAGGCCUCUCCAUCGACCACGUGAACCUCAGGGAGAAGGAGCGCUUCAUGAGUGGGGAGAAGCUCGUGGCCAUCAUCUCCGAGGCCUCCAGCUCUGGCAUCUCCCUCCAAGCGGACCGCCGCGUCCAGAACCAGCGACGCCGGGUCCACAUGACACUGGAGCUGCCCUGGAGCGCGGACCGGGCCAUCCAGCAGUUCGGCCGGACCCACAGGUCCAACCAGGUCUCUGCCCCCGAGUACGUCUUCCUCAUCUCCGAGCUGGCCGGGGAGCGAAGGUUCGCCUCCAUCGUUGCCAAGCGGCUGGAGAGCCUGGGGGCUCUGACCCAUGGGGACCGCCGCGCCACUGAGUCCCGUGACCUGAGCAAGUACAACUUUGAGAACAAGUACGGCGCCCGGGCCCUCAGCUGUGUCCUCACCACCAUCCUGAGCCAGACUGAGAACAAGGUGCCGCUGCCCCAGGGCUACCCCGGAGGAGAUGCCGCCUUUUUCCGGGAUAUGAAGCAGGGCCUGCUGUCGGUUGGCAUUGGUGGGCGUGAGUCCCGCUCUGGCUGUCUGGAUGUGGAGAAGGACUGCUCCAUCAAGUUCUUGAGCACCCCCCACCCCCCAGACUGCUCCAUCACCAAGUUCCUGAACCGCAUCCUGGGGCUAGAGGUGCACAAGCAGAACGCGCUGUUCCAGUAUUUCUCCGACACCUUCGACCACCUCAUCGAUGUGGACAAGAAGGAGGGCAAAUACGACAUGGGCAUCUUGGACCUGGCUCCAGGCGUUGAUGAGAUCUAUGAGGAGAGCCAGCAGGUGUUCCUUGCCCCUGGGCACCCACAGGAUGGGCAGGUGGUCUUCUAUAAGAUCAGCGUGGACCGCGGCCUGAAAUGGGACGAGGCUUACGCCAAGUCCCUGGAGCUGACGGGCCCCCACGACGGCUUCUACCUCUCCUACAAGGUCCGGGACAACAAGCCCAGCUGCCUCCUGGCGGAGCAGAACCGCGGCAAGCACUUCACGGUGUACAAGCCUAACGUGGGCCGGCAGAGCCAGCUGGAGACCUUCGACAGCCUGUGCCGGAAGUUCCACUGGGUGACAGCGGAGGAGGCCAGGGAGCACUGGGAGAACAGCUACGCCUUCUCGCUGACGCACUGCAGCCACACCGCAUGGAACCGGCACUGCCGGCUGGUGCAGGAGGGCAAGGACUGCGUGCAGGGCCUGCGGCUGCGGCACCACUACAUGCUGUGCGGGGCCCUGCUGCGCGUGUGGGGCCGCAUCGCCGCCGUCAUGGCCGACGUCACCAGCAGCAGCUACCUGCAGAUCGUGCGCCUCAAGACCAAGGACCAGAAGAAGCAAGUCGGCAUCAAGAUCCCCGAGGGCUGCGUGCGCCGCGUGCUGCAGGAGCUACAGCUCAUGGACGACGACGUCAAGCGCAAGCACGCGCGGGGCCGAGGCCUCCCCGCGCCGCCGCCGCCGCCGCCGCCGCCCGCCCUGCGCCCACUCGAGCUGCCUUGCGGCCCCGGCGAGAUCCUGGACCUCACCUACAGCCCGCCGGCCCAGGCCUUCCCGCAGCCCCCGCCCUUUGCCUUCCCGCCCCCGGACCCCGUGCCAGCCCCCGGCGGCCUGCCCCUGGGCGCCCCGGACUCCGCAGCCGACGCCGCCGCCGCGGCCUUGGCACACCAGCGCCGUGACAUCAACUUCAAGGAGGUGCUGGAGGACAUGCUGCGCUCCCUCAACGCCGGGCCUGGCGCCGGGGCAGCCGGAGCGCCCGCGGGGAGCGGGGGGCCCGAGCGGCAGAGCGUCAUCCAGUUCGGCCCCCCCUUUCCCAGCUCGUAGGCCCGGCAAGCGGCCCACAGCCGGCGUCCGAGAGGAAACUUACUUAUCUGCAAUACCACGUCUCCGUGGACUCGAACUUCUCUCCUGCCGGCCUGGGUGGCGGGCGGGUGGUGAGCCGGGGCCCAGGGCCCCCCCUGCUGACUUCCGGGGAGGGGCUGCCACGCCCCCACGCCCCCGCCCCCAGCUUCCGGAGGCCUCCACUGUAGUGCCUUCCCUACCGGGCAGACCCCUCAAGAUGCUGCUGCCCGCCCUUCGGGGCCCUCCCAGGCAGCGCAGGUCCCACUCAGGAUGUCGCGGGGUCCAGGCUUGGGCAGGGCCCGGGGGUGAGGGGCACACCCUGCCCGUGCCUCUGCCCUCUCCUGCCCUCCAGGCCUAGACAGGAGCUCCCCAUCCCACCUCACCCCACCCACCCUCAGGGCCUGGUCUGACCAGAAACCCCUGAAAUCCACAAAACUGGGUGGCCCCAAGAGCUGGAAACUCAGGAAACCCCAGGUGCUCAGGGCCCUGCCUUCUCUGGGGGACUCCAUGGGACAGACCCCACCCCCAUUAAUAUAUGCAAUUCUUCCCCACUCUCUCUGCUCCCUAAAUUAUUGCCCCGCCCUCUCUCCCAGGCCCCAGAACCUGCCGUGGAGCUGGCGGUGUGGGUGGGUCCCUGGUUUCUAUGUGUAUUUAUAAUUAAUGCAGGUGUACAUAUGUAAAGAGAUCUUUUUUUAAAUAUAUGUGCCUUUUCACUA